AUGAGCCCGGAGCUCCUGAGAACCGUGGACAUUCUGCUGGGCACUUCAGCGUUGAUUAUCCUCUGCCAGCUGCUCAACCGCCUGAUAAAGCAAGCACGCCUUCCGUACCCGCCAGGCCCACCGGGGUAUCCGAUCAUCGGUCACUUGAGCACUCCUAAAGACCCAGGCUGGGUGGUCUAUCGUGACUGGAGUCAGCAAUAUGGUUCGGACGUCAUCCACCUCAAUCUAGCUGGGAAUCACCUCCUCGUGCUUAACAGUAUUCAGUCGUGCAGAGACCUGCUGGAGAAGCGGUCAACCAUCUACUCCGACAGGCCGACAGCAGGCAUCACGAUGAUCGCCGAACUGUGCGGACUCAACUGGAGCUUUGGACUGAAGAGCUACGGCCCCGAAUGGCGCGCCGGUCGCAAAGCGUUCCAGUCCGUGUUCCACGCGGGCGUGGUGCAUAAACACCGUCCCACCCUCACGCGCGAGGUAAACCGCUUCCUACGCCGGGUGUGCACAGACCCCAAGGAGUGGAUCAAUCAUCUCCACCUGAUGGCCGGCGGGCUCAUCGUGUCGGUUGCAUACGCUAUCGACAUCAAGGACAAGAACGACCCGUAUCUGACAAACGCAGAGCAUUCUUUAGAGGCUGUCAGGAAGACUUUGAUUCCUGGUGCAUACCUGGUUGAUAUCCUUCCUUUUUUGAAGCAUGUACCAGAAUGGGUUCCAGGAGCAGGAUUUCAACGCGAAGCAAAGGAGUGGCGUAAAUCUAUCAUGUAUGUCUUGCAUGUACCGUACAAUGCCGUGAAGCAGCGUAUGGUGGAAGACCCUGCGACUGCGCCCGACUGCGUCACAAAGACCCUGAUAGAGCGCAUGAUCAACACAGCGAAAGAUCCCGAAUACAUGGAGGAUGUCGUUAAGUCAGCAGUCGGGUCGAUGUAUCUCGCCGGGGAGGACACGACGCACUCGGUUAUCAUGUCGUGCAUCCUCAACAUGGUGCUCUAUCCCGACAUUCAAAGGCGCGCGCAAGAGUCCAUCGAUGAGGUCUGCCAGGGCCGCCUCCCGGACUACUCAGAUUAUGAUAAGCUGCCGUUCGUGCAUGCGCUCUUACGCGAGAGCUUGCGAUGCAAUCCAGUGGUCGCCUUGAAUCUUCCACAUAAAAGCACCGACGACGACAUUUACAAAGGCUAUUUCCUUCCCAAAGGCUCGAUCGUCGUCGCGAACAUCUGGUCGAUCCUACACGACCCGACAGUCUACUCCGAUCCGACAGCCUUCAACCCAGAGCGCUUCCUGCGCCGCACGCCCGACGGCGAGCUCGAGCUCGACCCAGACAUGCCAAACCCGGCGGACGUCGCCUUUGGCUUCGGCCGCCGCAUCUGCCCGGGACGGUUCAUGGCGUACCAGUCCGCGUGGCUCACGACCGCGAGCACCAUCGCCGCGUUCCGGAUCGAGAAUGCGAAGGACGAGCGCGGGGUGCCGAUCGCGCCGAGCGGCGAGUACUUCUGGGGCUUCACAAAGUAA